GUUUGUGUUGUUCAGGUGUGUUUGUGUUUGUGUUGUUCAGGUGUGUUUGGUGAUGAAGUGAAGUCAGUGUCAGUGAUGGAGGGACAUUCUGUUACUCUACACACUCAUACUGAACUACACACACAUGAUGUGAUCGAGUGGAUGUUUGGUGUUCAGAGUCCAGAUGAGAUUAUAGCUGAACUGAACAGAGAAGCAAAUAUAACAUCAUUUAUUAAUGAGAGAUUGAAGAAUCAUGUAGAGAUAGAUGCUCAGACUGGAUCUCUCAUCAUCACAAACAUCACAACUCAACACACUGGACUUUAUACACUAGAGAUCAGCAGAAAACCUUCUGAUCUCAUCAGACACUUCAAUCUGACUGUCUAUGCUCAUCUGCCUGUUCUCGUCAUCUCCAGAGUCUCUUCUCAAUGUUCUUCAUCAUCUUCAUCAUCAUGUUGUUGUGUGUUGUGUUCAGUGAUGAAUGUGUCACAUGAUGUGAGCGUCUCCUGGUACAAAGGAAAGAGUUUAUUGUCCAGCAUCAGUGUGUCUGAUCUCAACAUCAGACUCUCUCUACCUCUGGAGGUGGAAUAUCAGGACACAAACACAUACAGAUGUGUGGUCAACAAUCCCAUCACAAACCACACACAACAUCUACACAUCACUCAACUCUGUCACACGUCUGAAGCUGGUGUCCACAGUUGGGGUUUUACUGAAGCCGUGAUCCGAUUGGUCGUCUCUGCUGUUGUGGGCGUGGCUACUGUUGGAGUUCUCAUUUAUGACGUCAGAUCCAGACGAGAAUCACCAUCGACCUCAGACGAAACAUAUUGAUUCUGAAACUUGGUUGCCUUUUUAAAACUUUGAAAAAUAUUUGUCUGUAAUGUCUUAAUAAAAUAAAGUAAUUACUAAAAUGGUCGUAAAAGUAUAAAAGCUUUAUAAAGGUUUAUUUCUUUACUGCUAACAUCUUAAGAUGUCUUCAUUUCUUUCCUUUGUCAUCUUUUGUUGCUCGCCGGUGGCCCAAAGACAUUAAAAAUAGAAAUCGAGUGCUUUCACUGAAUAUUGUGAAUAUUGUUGCCAUUUCUUUCUUUUUUUGAGUUCUUUCGUAGACAUCAUCAGGAAGUGAAUGCCUUGUGCUGUGUUCCAGACAACCCAGAUUUCAGAUAUUUUCCCAACAUAAAACCCAGAAAAAAACAUCCGGACCGGCAUUAGACGAUGGGAUGUGAACAGAGGCUCUGGUGUGUUUUUGUCAUGUAGAAUGAGUGUGACACAGGUCCUAUAGAUCAGUGAGUCAAAGCCUGUUGUGUGUUUGUGGUCGGCUGGCGUGUGUGUAGUUUUUCCUUCUGUUCCACCCAUCAGAAUGUUCAUAUGCUCAAAACUUUGAUUGUAAACAUACCUGAUUAUACUGCUUAAGCCCAAUUUAAAGGAAGAAUUAAUAAAUUAAAGAUCUACUUGUGAAAUAUCUGAUCUAGCACAAGUAGAAAUAGCCUAAAGAUGAGUCUCUAUUUUGGAUAAGCUUUUGUUAACAGAAUAAGAAAGGGUUUCUCACUGACCCCUGGAUUAAUAUUCAAAAUAUGGUCAC